AUAAGUAAACGGAAGUGAACAGUGACCAAGAACGCCUUAGCGAUUUUAUAGUUCUUAUUUCGACAUUUAUUAACUUAAAGACAAAUUAAAUUUCAUAGCAAAACAUACUUACCAAAGGCAGUCUUUAAUUCGCGUUAGAGACAGGACUUGGUUGAUAUGUGUUAUUUAGGUAACGCUAACUAGCUGCUAAGGUUAUCUAACAAUGGCUAACUGUAAUGGCAACGUUAUGGUUUUUCACACGCAAAUAGCCUCCAUCAUGGAGGUGCUAGCGAAUGCAGCUGUAGCAGAGAUCUGUAAACUCGUAGACGACGACUAUGCAGUGUGUCGUUUGGAAAUAACUCAAAGCCAGAAAGAAAACAGGGGAUUGCGAAGGAAACUACAGCUACUGGAACUGAAGGUGGCACGGGAGCGCGCAGAGAGGACAAUGCGAGAGCGCGUCCUCGGCAGUCGCCCCAGAAGUGUCAAGAUCCUCGACCGAUACAGAGGAAUGACAAGAGGUGAAGGACAUCUCACUGAAGGCCACAGGAGCUUUGUGAAGCCAGCAGGACACAGCACAUGGAGAGAUGACCAACCAAUCACUGUUGAUGAGGGGAGUGGAACCUCAACCCAGCACAUUAUCGUGAUAGAGUCUGCAGCUGCAGAGGCUGCAGGUUCUGGAGUCAAGCAGGAGAGGACUGAAGGAGAGAAGGACCCACGGCACAGCAGAGACAUCCAGACUGGAGAGUCUGGUGCGCCCCAUGUAGCCACGGAGAACCCCACCACUGCCCCAGCACAGCCCAGGACCCGACACAGCAUCACGGAGGAGGAUGAAGGUCCAGAGGUGCUGCUGGUGAAGGAGGAGGGUCUGGGGAACACUGAGGGGACCAUGGUCAUGGAGGACAACCAGACUACACCUGAUGAACCCACAGAAGAACCAGCUGAGCAGCACAGGACCACACACAGUCUUCCUGAGUCAGUAGACAUGGAGGAUGGGAAGCUUGAUCUCCUGCUGGUCAAAGAGGAGACAAUAGAGGAUGGACCAGAGAGCAUUAACCUGCUGAGUGGACUAAAUAUGGGGGAGCAAGGUGUUUGGUUGGAGGCUAGUAGAGGAGACUGGGCGGCCAGCUUGGAUUCCCAGGCCGGUGCAGCCAAGAGCCCAGGGGACAACAUCACUGAGCAGGUCAGGACCAGAGGCGACAUAGUGGAGUCUGCAGUCGAGGAAGACCUGCUGAUAUCCAGUGUUACUGGUGGGAGAGAGUGGACCUCUGAAGAGGCUGAUCACAAACCCUGGCCCCGGAUCAGGAUCCUGGACCAGGAGCCUUCACUCUUCCUUUCUGAGUCGGAACCAGGACCCAAACGUGAGGUUAAGAGACUCCACCACCACACAGAACACAACCAGUGGACAGGUGGACUGAACAACCUCAGCCCUGGUGGUCAUCAGAGAGACAGAGGCUCCAGUCAGGGAUCCAGUCUGCAGCCCAGACCCUUCUCUUCACAGCCUCAGUGCAGGGAUGGAGUAGGGCCUGGGGCUGAUAGAGAUAGGAACAGGAGGGUCUAUGAUACAAACACCACAGUAUCCAUGGUGAACAGAGCAGGUCACACUGGGCUUCAGCUUUCACAGAGAGUGGUGGUUGACCCCCCUGGCAGUAGUCUAUCAGGAUGUCUGUCUCCUUCAGGUUCUCGUCUAAUGCCUGGUGACUGGGUUAAUAGAAGGCCUGGACCUGGGUCUAUCCUUCCUCAGCUGCCUCGUGGUAACCCCACGAAUGCAGACAGGGUGAGGAUGAGCGGUCACCAUGAGAGGUACGUAGCCUAUAACACAGAACACAACAACACCCAAACAAUGGCUAGAGGUCAAGGAGGUAGCUCUAAAUUGGCUCCUGCUUCCACCUCAUCUGGUGUCAUUGGGUCACAACGUGGGAGGCCGAGCAUUAAGACGGACGCAGACAAGCCGUACUCCUGCCCCACAUGUGGGAAGCGCUUCGCUCAUGCAAACUAUGUGAAGCAGCACCAGACUGUUCACACCAAGGAGAGGCCGUUUAUGUGCAAGCUGUGUUACAAGAGCUUCUCCUUCCAGAGUAACCUUAUCAAACAUAGAAGUGUCCACUAUGGGGAGAAAUCAUAGUAGUGUGGCUUGAGAUGUACACAGGAUAUCUGGGAACCAUCCUUUAGCUGACAUGGUUAUCAUGUGAAGUGUCUUGGGGUUAGAGGGUUUUUUGGAUUACUAAGUCCCUCAGCGCUGUUCAAUGUCAGUCCUGGAGGGCCAAAACCCUUCUGGUCUUCAUAUUCUCCUAAUAAGGGACUAAUUCAGACCUAGGACACCAGGUGAGUGCAAUUAACUACCAGGAUUGAACAAUAGUUAGUUUUCUACAAAGAAAUAAAGUGGGGCAAAAAAUAAAUUUGUCAGCCACCAAUUGUGCAAGUUCUCCCACGUAAAAAGAUGAGGCCCGUAAUUUUCAUCAUAG